AUGGACGCUGCUGAGACAACUGUUUCUCCUGCGAUAGAAAUGGCGCAGCAAGACAACAUCUCUGCUGAUGUCGAACAAACUGAAAAAGAGCAACCAGAAGAAGGCACUUCUGAUGCUGACGUUAACGAGCGUCUUGUAGAAGAUUUUGCGGAAGGAUCAGAUAUGUUGUUGAAUAGCCAAGAGAUUGACCGAUGUCAAGCUCAGCGUGAUGCGCUUGCCGCAUAUGCAGAAAAAUUAAAGCAGUGGAAACAUACAGUAAAAUGUGCAAACGAUGAGCUUAUGACAGCAAUUCAAGCUGUGAAGGAAACGGGAGCGAAUGCAGAGGAUUUCCAAGCUAAAGAAGGGAUACUGAUGAUGAUGUCUGGAUGCGUUCAUACUAUCACCGCGCCAAAAUUAUAA